AUGUUGAGGUUCAUUUUGUUGAGUGUUCUGGCCGCUCUGGCUCUUGCUGAACUCAAAUACAUUGAGCAGAUCCCUCGAACAAGGGUUGUGGGAGGAGAGAUGUCUCAACCCAACGCGUGGCCCUGGCAGAUCUCUCUUAAGGUUCUGUCUGAUGGAACUUAUAAUCACAUCUGCGGCGGAACUCUGAUCAGAAAGAGAUGGGUGAUGACUGCUGCUCACUGCGUGGACACACAGAGAACCUGGCGUGUUGUUCUGGGCGAUCACAUCCUCAGCACCAAUGAGGGUCGUGAACAGUACAAGAGCGUCAGUCAAGUUUACGUCUACCCCAAAUGGAACAGAAACGACCCUUCCGCUGGAUAUGACAUCGCUCUUCUGCAUCUGUCCGCUGAUGUUACCCUCAACUCAUACGUGAAGCUGGCUUCUCUGCCUCCAUCAUGGCAGAUCAUGCGCAAAAACAACCCGUGUUAUAUCACCGGCUGGGGCAAACCAUCCAAUGAUGAUGACCUCUCUGCUGUGCUGAAACAGGCCUAUCUGCCCAAUGUGAAUUUUCAGACGUGUUCUAGCAGUGGCUGGUGGGGAAGCACAGUGAAGAACACCAUGGUUUGUGCUGGAGGUGGAAAGGACUCUGGAUGUAACGGUGACUCCGGUGGUCCUCUGAACUGUCUGGUCGGUGGAAAUUAUUCAGUUCACGGUGUGACCAGCUUCGUUUCUUCGGGCUGUAACACCAUCUGGAAGCCAACAGUAUUCACUCGUGUGUCUGCUUACAUCAGCUGGAUUCAGGAUGUAAGUUUCAGCCUUGAACACGAAGCUCUGUGUGAUGUGAUGAUCAUCCCAUAUCCCAUCAACAAUGAGAGUCAAACUGAUAAUAUGCUUUGCAGUGAGUAA